CAGCGACACCUACACCGAGGUCAAGAACAGCCUGGUUCGACCUCUCUUGGCCUCCAGAGUGAGGGUGGAGCCGUUCAGCACUCACCCCAGGGUGGUGUGUCUGAGACUGGAGCUCUUCGGUUGCAACUACACUGACGGCCUUAUGAACUACAGCGUUGGCGCCAUCGACGGCACCUACACCUGGUCAGUGGGGGCGGCGGCGGGCGAGAUCAUCAGCGUGGGCGAGGGCGUGCUCUACGACGGGCGCGCGGGCGUCGACGAGGACGUGAACAGCGUCCUGCAGCCCACGACUCGGGAGGAUCCUCAGUUGGAAGGUUUGGUGCCCGCCCCAGAAAGCCCUCUGCCCCUGACCUUCACCUUCGACGAGAUGCGGAGAUUCAAGGCCAUGUUUCUGUACCUGACGACCUCGAAUCUUAAUGCCCAGCCGAAAAUCAGCGCCACAGUGAAGUUCGGCGCCAACUCGUCCGUUUGGGACGACGCGAAGGUGACCUGGUCUUGGUCCUCGACUGACCUGGUUCCUCCCGGCCCCCACAACCUGACGCUGGACCUGAAAAAGAGACCUGGGGCCACCCUGCAGGUCACGUUAUUGGUGUCAUCGCUAGAGGUCAACAUACUCGAGCUGUAUUUCGAUUCAACACCAUGCGGCUGCCGACUAGGCGACUGGGAGAAGAGGCAGACAACCUCUCCAGAAGAACACACAGCAGGCCGCCCUCCGGAACCACCCGCCGACGUCUGGGCUGUCUACACCGCCCACCAACACCGUACUUACGUGGGCGUAGCCGUUGGAUUCAGCGUGGGCGUGGGCGUGUUGGUGCUGGUGUGGGCUGGCGUUUGGCUUCGAAGGAGGCAAGGAAAGGCUUCCUCGCCCAGGGUCUUCCGUAGGCCGCCUCCAGAUACCCUGGACAUGAAGAGCCUGAUGGAGGGCGUGGGACUCGGCGUAGGGAUAGGUGGCACCAUCACGCCCACCUACGAAGAAGGAAGCUGCUUGCUCUACGAUGACAUCCAGAAGAGCCCCCUGACCUCACCUCACAAUACGUUACCCCGAGGUCGACCUUUGACCCCGGACCACGUCCCAGUGUAUGCCACUCCAACGCUGAGGCCAGUGACUACGUUGAGGCCGUCCUCCACCUUCCCAGCGACCUCCACCUUCACCUCCAUCCCUCGACCCAUGACCUUGGCCGCCCUGCCGAAUCCGCCUCCUCCCAUCCCACCUCCGCCGGAGAACUUCGAUCGGCAGAUUAAGGUACCGGCAGUCACUGGCGCCUGGCUGACCUGUGUCUAUCGCCAGAAUCCCAGCAUACCCAGUUCACCGAUUUCCAUGCCCACACCUAUCAUCGCUCCCCAGUUCGUCAGUCGCACCCAGCUUUUAGCUUCUGGGGCAUUUGCUACGUUAUCCCUGGGAGUCGUUUCUGAGAACAUCGAAGCUUCCCUGGCAGAAGACGGAAACCUGGCCACGCCCCCCAGCUCAGCCGCCCUCAUCACUGUCACCGCCCACGAGGCAGUGCCCGCUGCCAAACGACAUGCCCAGUUACUAGCGACGCUGAAGCACGAAAACGUCGCGAGCUUGAUGGGCGUGGUGUUGGGCGGCGUGGGCGUCACCAUGGUGAUGGAGUACCACCCGGAGGCCCACUUGCCCGAGUACUUGCGUUCCCGCACCCUGGCACCUGCCCAGCAUCCUCAGGCGAUUGACCAGGCGGCUGUGAGCGUGUCGUGGCUUUUGGAGUUGGCCGUGCAAAUUGCAUCCGGCAUGGCGUUUUUGGAGCGAUGCAGUGUCACCCACACGGAUUUGGCUGCGAGGAAUGUGUUGAUACUAGGGGAGGUAGCCAAGAUAACUCAAGUGGGAUCAGCUUUACCCAGGUAUUCUGGGGACUAUUGGCGUUCUCCUGAUGGAAGAGGCCCUGCCCCUCUCCGGUGGAUCAGCCCUGAAGCACUUUGCCAGGGAGCAUUUAGCAGCAGCAGUGACGUGUGGUCUUAUGGUGUCACCCUGUGGGAGAUCCUGACGCUUGCCCGUCGACCUCCACAUCAACACAUGUCUCAUGACCUCCUCUUCCAUGCCCUUUUGGCCACACACAACCAGCAGGUUCAGUCACAAAUACGCCCGUCUUCCCCAGUUAGUGAAACAUACGCAACGCCACAGUUGGUGUUGAUGGCUCCCACGUGGUGUCCACGUGAAAUUCAGGAUGUCAUGACUGCAUGUUGGCGCCCACAACCAGAUCAAAGGCCUUCGUUCGGCACUAUCCAGAAUAUCCUUGACGCCUACCUCAGUGCCCACAAGUAAAAUGGAGCAGUGAUCGCAUCCUUUUUUUUCAUUGCUACAAAGUGAAUUUGAAGCGAUGUGGGUUCAGCUCCUUGUUAUCCAUCAUACGAUACCUCAUCGCCUCAAUUAUCAGGAGUAUCAUCUUUACGUUGGUUUAUUUUCUUUGUUUUCUCGCAGGGUGCCUCUUUCAAUUUUAUUUGUAGAGGUUGUGUUGUUGCCAGGUGCUGAUUUCUUUUUCUGCCUUUUAUUAAGCCUGCAAUUGGAAAAAUAGAUGAGGGAUUGCCACAGUCUGGUUGCUUCAGAAGACAUGAUAGACAACAUUUGAGUGAUAACUUGUGUAGUGUAGUGAAAUGGAUUUGAUUUUGUUUAAUAUUAAGAAGCAUGGUUUAAAGAUUGCCAGCUAGUUGAAACAGUUUCACUAGUGCAUAGGAACAGAAAUGAGAUAUUUAUUAAAUAAGGAAAUCUAAAGUAAAAUUCGCCUGGUGGAAACAAUGUAUGAAAAGCAAAGUGUACAGGCUUUUUUUUUUUUUAGUUCUUUGGGAAUUGAUAUUAACACUUUAAAAAGAAGUUAAUCUUUUGCUUAGAAGAAAAGCUGAUACGUUCAUUAGUUUGUUACAUAUUAAGUUGGUGACACCAUCUUACAAUUAAAGAAAGAAUUACAAGUGAUUUUGUGUAAAUCGACCCAUUGAUACACGUUUCGAGGUAGUAUGAGAAAAUAGACUCGCGCGUCAGAGAUUCAUUCUUGUGCCUAAAUUACACUGUAAGAGAAUGUAAGAGAUCUUACAGUCCUAUCAACCUUUAAACACAUGUUGAACCAUUUAAGUGUUAAUGUACUUCAGUACUUGAAGGAGUACAGCAAUUUAUAUAGGUAAUGAACUACGUACCUGAAAUUGGAGAUUUAUAUAGUUUGUGUGGUUUUAACACAAGGGAACAACUGUAUAAACAAUACAAAAAAAGGCGUAUGUUACAAAAAGUGGGGGAAAAAUGAUGAUUACUUUCUAACAGCAGUCUUGUGAAAGCGUUAAAUAUCAAAAACAUACAUAUUUAUAUAUAGUUAAGUGUUAGAACAUAUCAAUGUAGUACUUAUGUUUUAAAUGUGCAUUAAACAUAUAAUAAUAUCCUAUAUAUUUAGUACUUACACUAUCUAGUCAAAACAAAAAAAAGGUUUAUGUACCAGUCUUUACAGAGAGAGUACACAGUAUUUUUCUUACUGUAUUUGUGUGGUUGUUAAGAUAAACUUAAAUGUAAAUAUGAAAAUUAUUUGUAUAUAAGGAGUCUUCCGUGUUAGCUGUAUUUUAGAUAAAAACCAAACUUUCCAGUGGACCCGUAUUUCAGUUUUUUCUUUUUGCAAAAUUCACAUGAUGUUUUUCACGCAGGUGCAACAACAAUUCAGUCAAAAAUUUAAGAAUAUUUUCUGUCGUUUUUCAGUCACAAAUUCAUCAUUCACACAGAUUUUAUUUGCAAUCGAAGCAUAUUUGCAUAAUCAAGAUGUCGUAUGUAUAUAUUUGUUUCUGUAUGAGUUCUUAUAUAGCUCAACUAUCAAAAAAGGUAAAACUGGCUUAACACACUUCACAUUAUUAAUUUUAAGACCUGUAAAUAUUACUAUAAUGAUUAGGUUACGCGGCUUUUUUUACAAAGCGUUUAUUUUAAGGUUACCUACACUAAGGGAAAUAUGACAUUUGUAUGACGUAUUUAUCUAAAGGUAAAAAAAAAUCAAUUUUAGCAUUAUGUAACUCAUAGGGGAAACUAGUAAGUUGAAGAGGAAUUCCGAAGACCUGCCUCAUGCCUUUAUAGAUUUGGAAAACGAUUUCGGUAGAUUGGUUCGUUCCAAAUUAGUUUCUACAUAAAGGUUAACUGUACACACCUGGUUCCAAGAGAAGUUAUUUUGGGGCCAAAUGUUUUGAGAGAGAAACCUGUAUUGUACUUGCUUCCUUUGCAUCUUCCCAAUAAAUCUUUAAUUAAUAAAGAAACGAG